AUGGGCUGCACACCUUCUCACAAUGAGAUUGCUAAUACUAUUGCAAGAAGCGGUCUUAAGGCUUUGAAUAAACCCAGAAGUAUUUUGCGUGUUGAUCCAGGAGAUAAAGGAAUCCCUCUGCUAGUUAAAGGCUCAUCUUGCUACAGUGUUGAUGAAUUCCACCAAUCUGGGAUACAGAGGCAAGACCACCUGGGAGAAAAGGAAGAUAAACUAUUAGAACAGGACAAAAAUGAUAGCUUUCAGUCAUCUUCCAAAGCCCAUUCAGAUCCUCAGACUUCCAGGGAAAACAAGAAAAUUGAGAGGACAGCCACAGAUGCUGAAGUUGCUAUGUCCGAACUGAUAGAGUCUCAAAAACACAUCACUGAGGCCAUACAGAUCAGAAAGCAAAGCUCCUGUGAAUCAGAAGCGUCAGCUUUCAUUUGGGAUGACAAGAAUGAAAGCAAUGCUAAGCAAAUCCCAAAGAAAGGAAAGAAGCAGAAAAAUCAAAAGCUGACAAAGCAAGGCCGAUCUAGCAAAAUCAAAGAAAAGCCCAUUUUGGCCCUGUGCGAGACAGAGAAGAAGGUAGAUUUCCCAGAACUGCUGGUUAAGGCUCAUCAGAGUGCAUACGCCUACUUAAAUCCCAACCUCUCCAAGUAUGAAACUAUACUUCACAUGGCCAACCAGGCUACCCAGACUCAGCUCUUCCUACAGCAGAUGGUAAGCUUUCUCGUGCUUCGCUUUGAUGAAAUCAACCAGCUCUUGGAAGAAAUUGCCAAUGAUGGGGAAAACCUUCUCAAAGACGUAGGUGGGAAUCUAGCAUGGCCAGCAGGAAAAGGUGGUUUGAAGGAGCACCCUGAUCUUCUUCAGCAACUACUGCAGUACACGGUCAAUAAGAUGCAGUUACUGAGUGGGACAGUGUCCUCCCUCACCUCCGGUGCCCUGCAAGAGACAUGCAGCUACCUGCAGUCUGCUGCCAGUAACUUGGAAGGAAAACUGAAAGCAAAGCAAAGCUUUGAUGAGCGCCUGCUACGGACAAUAAGGCUGCUUGAAGCCUCAGCAGUGGGUUCCACUCAGUCCCACGGUGAUGACAGGACUUUCUAUUCUGAGGACAGUGGCAUUGGUGCGGACAACGAAUCCCUCAAAGACUUCAUUGCUGUCAGCCAGCAUGGAGGACAAGCAAGCUGUGAUUCCUGCGCAUGUGGGCAUCUGUCCCAAAAGCACAUCAGGGCAGUGGAGCACAAGCGUGAUGGGACAGUGUCAGCAGGCACAACCGCAUCCCACGACUGUGCACUUGAAAGGGAUUUUAAAGAUAUCUUUUCUUCAUCCGUACAGAGUAAGGAAGUGACUUCUCAUCAGGGUGGAGUAUCAGAAAGCAUUUCUACUGUGCCCCAAUACAUGAGCUUGAGAAAAAGCCAUUCCUAUAACUCCUUCCAGUCUGACUCUACUCAGGAAGGUGAACAUUUCAAAAUCUGUGAAUCGACAGAUUUUCCUUCUGAUGAUGAUGACAAUGAAGAGAGCACCCUGGGGGAGGAUGACGACAAUACAAGUUUAUCAGAAAUGGGGACGGAUGCUCUGCCAAAGAGGCCUCUGUCUUCACCUGCAGCCACACAAAGGCAGUCCAUCAAGAGGACAGAGAAUGCAGACACAGAGGAAAUUAUUCUCAAGAUGAAAGAUGCCAUCAGUGAAAAAAUCAAGUUUGUCCCAGCUAAAUCCAAGCGUAAAGAAUGGAUAGAGGAUGAGAGUGGAAGAGCAGGCCUAACAGCACGGCCUAGUACAGCAACAGGCAGCCAGAAAACCUUUGGGAAACAACAACGGUCCAGGUCAGAGGAGUCCCUCAGAAGCCAGGCAGAAGACCCAACCCUCCUAGAGCUUCAGAGAACUCAAAAAGAGCUCAGCAAAAGGCUGGAAAUGUUUUAUGGAAAGAAGGGUACAGAUAACAACCUGGAGCCUUGGAAAUCAAGAACAGCAGCUCACUUUCAAGAUGAGCAAAUUCCAUCUAGGUCCUCUAGCAAACUGAAGGCAUGCCUCUCAAAAAAUUUCAGCAUCCUGCCUAACCAGGAUAAAGUCCCUUUGUUUAUGAUUGACCAAAAUCCUGCCCAUCAGCUGGAUGAGAAAGGAGACAAGAAGCCUUUAAGAGCUACUGUGCUCAUCCAGGAGACAUCAGGAGGCAAAGAAAAGGAGCCUCCUGAACCACAAAUGCUCAGUGGCAGCAGCUGUGCCCCCCGACAGUCUGUCAAGAAGCUUAUUGAAACGUUCAGUCCUACUGACGAUCUCGUGAAAGCUGCACCUUUAAGAUCGUUAGGACCAAUAAAAUGUGUCAGAAAAUUUGGACUCCCAGUCAUCCCACCCACCAUUCCCUUUCAGAGAGGCCUCGCACCUUUAAAUCUUAAACACCGUGUUUCGCCGGUGGAAGACACAAACCCUUCAAACACUGAUAAAGCUGCUUCGAACUUUCCAAAUGCCUUUUCUCCUGCACCAGCUGCAGAAUUAAGCCAGGACACAAAGCAAGAGACUGAUGAAGACAUUGAGAACCUGCCACCACCGCCACCUGAAAUGUUAAUGGACAUUUGUUUUGACUUACCUGAGCCUGAAGAUACUGCAAGAACACAAGGAAACUCUUUGGAAGAUGCCAAAAAGCCCGCCAAAACACAAUUUCGUGCUGCUAAGAGAUCACAAGUUUCUCCAAAAAUGAAAGCCUCCCUUCAGUCCAUUGACUUACUGCCAAGUAAAAAUAUCAGCGGCCCCAGUGCCAUCGCUAAUAAAUGUCUAAGGAGUACCGGAGCAGGGGACGAGAAACUGCAAAGGUACUCUCUGGAGCUCAACCCUACCAACACGCGCAUCCCUAGCCAGGAGGAGAUAUUGGCAACCCAGAGAAAAGAAGCUGCAGAUUUGUACAAGCAAACCCAUAAAAUUAUUCCUCUUCAAAAUCCCAGUGGGGUUUCAAAAUCACACAACAACAGCUCAGAGAGCAAAGAACCCAAUUCACCUGUGACUUCAGCGCAGUACCAGAAGCACGGUUCUCCCGAUUCGCUCAGGAGAAAUGAAAAAGGCUCAGCAUUUGCCAGGAGGGUCUCCCCAACAAGAACUCUUCCUCCUUCUCCAUCAACUGAGAAACGGCUUUUCAGCCCCCCAGCACACCACAGACACUCACUGCAGGAUGUUAGCAACCUGCAACCAAGCUCACCCACCAUGCAGAGGAAACCCAGCCCCCCAUCUAGCCCCAGGAUGCCCAGCCCACCCACGCAGAAGAAGCUGUCUUCUCCACCACCCCAGCGAAAAACACUCAGCCCUCCCACGGGGCACAAGCAAAGCUCACCAACGCCACACCGGCUGGGAGGCUCUCCAGCCUACUGCCGCGAUGCAAGCCCCCCUCCCUUCCCCAUCACUCCCUCUCCACCAACUUCCCCAUCCCGCUCCUACAAGGGGCCAAGAGCUGGGCUGGAUGCUGGGGAUGAGCACCAGCUCUCCUCCUCCAAGAGAGGCAGCAACAUCCGUUCAAUAUUUUGCCCAGUCACCUCUUCCUUAUUUGAAGCCAGACCUCUAGUAGUACCCACCAAACCUGUUGCAGAGGUGACCAGACAGCCUGAAGCUUCACUGCUCUCCCAAAGGAGCAGUCUGCUUUUCCAGCAGCCUGGAGACCGGACCAGAAAGCUAUCCCUGAGUGCCGCCUAUCCUCAGCCAUUCGUGAGGAGAAGUUUCUCUGACCGCCGACCAGGUCUCCAGUUUCGUCUUCCGGCUCCUGUAACAGCUGCCAGUGACCCUGCGCUUAACCAUGCAAGCUUGGAGGAGAGCACUAGAAAAGCAGGAGACUCUUGGAAUAGCCCUUGCGUUCCUGAGAUCAAAGACGCCAACAGAUCCGCUUCGCAGCCCGAGCUCUACAUCGUGGGCCAGGGGCUGCAGAGGGACUGA